UACUUAGUGUGUUCUCUCUGUCACAACGAAUGUUUGUCUCUCCCUUUCACAUGAGACUGAAAAUUUAAAAGGAGUUCGAAAGUGCUGGUUCAAUGGGGGGAGAAAACAAUGGAGAAGAGUUGCUGCAGACCAUGGCCAAGAUGGAGGUGAAAACGUCACUUCUGGACAACAUGAUAGGAGUCGGAGAUAUGGUUCUCCUGGAACCUCUCAACGAGGAGACCUUCAUCAACAACCUCAAGAAGCGCUUCGACCACAAUGAGAUUUAUACAUACAUUGGAAGUGUGGUUAUAUCAGUUAACCCCUAUCGGUCUCUACCAAUUUAUUCUCCAGAGAAAGUGGAAGAUUACAGGAACAGAAACUUUUAUGAACUGAGCCCUCACAUCUUUGCCCUGUCAGAUGAGGCCUACAGAUCCCUCCGAGAUCAAGAUAAAGACCAGUGUAUUCUCAUCACCGGGGAGAGUGGAGCAGGAAAAACAGAGGCCAGCAAGUUGGUUAUGUCCUAUGUGGCAGCUGUUUGUGGAAAAGGAGCAGAAGUCAACCAAGUCAAAGAACAGCUCUUGCAGUCCAACCCAGUCCUGGAAGCUUUUGGAAAUGCCAAAACUGUAAGGAAUGACAACUCUUCUAGAUUUGGCAAAUAUAUGGAUAUUGAAUUUGACUUUAAAGGUGAUCCACUCGGAGGUGUGAUAAGUAACUAUCUUUUAGAGAAAUCCCGGGUGGUUAAGCAGCCGAGAGGAGAGAGGAACUUCCACGUGUUCUAUCAGCUGCUCUCUGGUGCCUCUGAAGAGCUCCUCCACAAACUCAAGCUGGAGCAGGACUUCAGCAGAUACAAUUACCUGAGUCUGGACUCGGCCAAAGUGAACGGAGUGGAUGACGCCGCCAAUUUCAGAACCGUCAGGAACGCCAUGCAGAUUGUGGGCUUCAUGGAUCACGAAGCCGAGUCGGUCUUGGAGGUGGUGGCAGCAGUGUUGAAACUGGGGAACAUCGAGUUCAAGCCCGAAUCGCGAGUGAACGGCUUAGAUGAAAGCAAAAUCAAAGAUAAAAAUGAGUUAAAAGAAAUUUGCGAGUUGACUGGCAUUGAUCAGUCCGUCCUAGAACGCGCGUUCAGUUUCCGAACAGUGGAAGCCAAGCAGGAGAAAGUUUCCACCACUCUGAAUGUGGCUCAGGCUUAUUAUGCCCGAGAUGCUCUGGCUAAAAACCUCUACAGCAGGUUGUUCUCAUGGUUGGUAAAUCGAAUCAACGAAAGCAUUAAGGCACAAACGAAAGUAAGAAAGAAGGUCAUGGGCGUUUUGGACAUUUAUGGCUUUGAAAUUUUUGAGAGUGCAGACAACAGCUUUGAGCAGUUCAUUAUUAAUUAUUGUAAUGAGAAGCUGCAACAGAUCUUCAUUGAACUGACUCUGAAAGAAGAGCAGGAAGAGUACAUACGGGAGGACAUAGAAUGGACUCACAUUGACUACUUCAACAAUGCUAUCAUUUGUGACCUAAUAGAAAAUAACACCAACGGAAUCCUGGCCAUGCUGGACGAAGAGUGCCUCAGGCCCGGCACCGUCACGGACGACACCUUCCUGGAGAAGCUGAACCAGGUGUGCGCCACCCACCAGCACUUCGAGAGCAGGAUGAGCAGGUGCUCGCGCUUCCUCAAUGACACGUCGCUGCCCCACAGCUGCUUCCGCAUACAGCACUACGCGGGCAAGGUGCUGUAUCAGGUGGAGGGGUUUGUGGACAAGAACAAUGACCUGCUCUACCGAGACCUGUCCCAGGCCAUGUGGAAGGCCGGCCACGCCCUCAUCAAGUCUUUGUUCCCUGAAGGGAACCCUGCCAAGAUCAACCUGAAAAGGCCCCCAACAGCAGGGUCACAGUUCAAAGCAUCUGUGGCCACCCUGAUGAAAAACCUGCAGACCAAGAACCCAAACUAUAUCAGGUGUAUCAAGCCUAAUGAUAAAAAGGCAGCACACGUCUUCACUGAGAGCCUGGUGUGCCACCAGAUCCGCUACCUGGGUCUCCUGGAGAACGUGCGGGUGAGGCGGGCAGGCUAUGCCUUCAGGCAGGCCUACGAGCCUUGCCUGGAAAGAUACAAGAUGCUUUGCAAACAGACAUGGCCUCAUUGGAAGGGACCGGCAAGGUCUGGUGUGGAGGUUUUGUUUAAUGAAUUGGAAAUUCCCAUGGAAGAAUAUUCCUUUGGUAGAUCAAAGAUAUUUAUCCGCAACCCAAGAACAUUAUUCGCCUUGGAAGACCUGAGGAAGCAGCGGCUGGAGGACCUAGCCACACUCAUUCAGAAGAUUUACCGAGGAUGGAAAUGCCGCACACACUUCCUGCUGAUGAAGAAAAGCCAGAUUGUGAUUGCUGCCUGGUGCCGGAGAUAUGCGCAACAAAAGAGGUAUCAACAGAUAAAGGCUUCCGCCUUGGCGAUUCAGUCUUAUAUCCGGGGUUGGAAGGCUCGAAAAAUACUGCGUGAGCUGAAGCAUCAGAAGCGCUGCAAGGCGGCAGCCACCACCAUUGCUGCGUACUGGCACGGGACGCAGGCGCGAAGGGAGCUGAGACGGCUGAAGGAGGAGGCUAGGGAUAAACACGCUAUUGCAGUAAUUUGGGCUUACUGGCUUGGAUCGAAGGCUCGAAGGGAAUUGAAACGCUUGAAGGAGGAGGCUAGGCGUAAGCAUGCGGUGGCUGUCAUUUGGGCUUACUGGCUUGGACUGAAGGUGCGUAGGGAGUACAGGAAAUACUUCAGAGCUAACGCUGGAAAGAAAAUCUAUGAGUUUACUCUGCAGAGAAUUGUACAAAAAUACUUCUUGGAAAUGAAAAACAAGAUGCCUUCUUUAUCACCAAUAGACAAGAACUGGCCAUCUAGACCUUACCUGUUCUUGGAUUCGACUCACAAGGAGCUGAAGAGGAUUUUCCACUUGUGGAGGUGUAAAAAGUACAGGGACCAAUUCACAGACCAGCAGAAACUUAUUUAUGAAGAAAAGCUUGAAGCCAGUGAACUCUUCAAGGACAAAAAGGCUUUGUAUCCAUCUAGUGUUGGGCAGCCAUUCCAAGGAGCAUACCUGGAAAUCAACAAGAACCCUAAGUAUAAGAAACUCAAAGACGCCAUUGAAGAAAAGAUCAUCAUUGCCGAAGUUGUGAACAAAAUUAACCGCGCUAAUGGGAAGAGUACCUCUCGGAUUUUCCUCUUAACAAAUAAUAAUCUCCUCCUUGCUGACCAAAAGUCUGGACAGAUCAAGUCGGAGGUGCCGCUGGUGGACGUGACCAAGGUGUCCAUGAGCUCACAGAACGAUGGAUUUUUCGCCGUCCACCUCAAGGAGGGCUCCGAAGCAGCUAGCAAAGGAGACUUUCUCUUCAGCAGUGACCACCUGAUUGAGAUGGCCACCAAGCUGUAUCGCACAACUCUCAGCCAAACCAAGCAGAAGCUCAAUAUCGAAAUUUCCGAUGAGUUCCUGGUGCAGUUCAGACAAGACAAAGUAUGUGUGAAGUUUAUUCAGGGCAACCAGAAAAACGGGAGUGUGCCCACCUGCAAACGAAAAAACAACCGCCUGCUGGAAGUCGCUGUCCCCUAGCGGGCGCCCCCACGCCGCCCCACGGACUGGCUCUCUGUGUAGUAGUGCAAUUGGGUUGUUUUGUUUGGGGUUCCUCGUAUGUUUGGUUAUUGCCAAAGGCUAACUGUUAGGGUCUCUUGGCAGAAUUGAGUGUUUGACUAAUCAGUUUUUAGUAUUGGAAUAGUUUAACCCUUACAUACACGUUCUGUCCCAGGGCAGGACUGUAGAAAUUUCUAACAGUGUGUGUUUCCAUGUCAUAUGUGUUUCCUCUUUAGUUACCAUGUUAGAUCGGUGUACCCUAAAUCAGCGUAUUACUCAUAAAUCAUUAAUACAUGUAAGUGUAGGAGGCGGUCUUCAAAGGUGUAGUGCAUUCAUUUAUCAAAUAUUUAUUGGAUGCCUACUCUAUGUGGGGUGCUAUGCUAAGAGGUGUGGACAUGUACUCGGACCCUGGGCACUGUGAGGGCCGCUGUUUUCUGGCAAGUUUGGCUUACCUAAAAAGGUUUGAAAAGCUUGAGACCAAAACAGUAACUGCAGAAGCCGGACAGCAUUCGUAGGACCCUGUAGCCUGACUGUAGCCGUAGAUGAUUUAAGAAGGGCUGGUCCUAGGAAGGAAUAGGACCAUGGACUAAACAAAAUUCUUCUAAGUUUUUUUUUUUUCCUAUUCAAAAGAAGAAAACUGACCUUUGAACUGGACUUUGAUUGGUUCGGCUCUCCUGCAGUUCCUUUCAGCAGUAGAAAACGGAAGUUCUUUUCCUAGAAAAGGUGCCAGAAACAGUCCAGUGAGAGGCUGAGGUUGCCGUCUCUCGUCUCUGCCCAGCACCCUGCAGGGUCCGACAUGAACUCCUGACUCCGUGUGGUUUUCACCCGGAUGUGAGCAGCUGUUUCCUGCAGCUAACACAGUGGAGGAAGGCCCAGGCCUAUCACGGUGGCAGGUAUUCUGGAUGAGGUGCAAUAGAACAUCAGAGAUCCUUUUUGAAAGUUUUAUUUAUAAUAUACAUUUUUGUAUGGGAGAGAUUGUUAGGACAGGGUGCAUAUUUUAAUCGAGGAUCUUAAUUUGUAGAGCUAUUUUAUCUUCCAAUGUAAGGAUUCAUUUUGGAAACUACAUUUUAAACUUUGGAAUCAAAUUGUUUCUUCUUUGGGAGGGUAAUGUAUAUAUACAUUGGUGUUAUGUUAAAUAAUAAAAUUGUUCUAAUUCGGUGCCAUUUGCUGGAUCACAACUGUAUUUUUGUAUUUCAGGCUAUUUUCCUAGUUUGUGUGUCAAAGUACUGUCUCACGGAAAGGUCUUACAAUCCAAACAUCAUGUUAAUUGAAUUUCACCCGUCUUUUAUAAGCCAGAAACAGUCAUUGAAAAU